UGGAUUCCCUUUCUAGAACAAUUGUUCACUAUUUCUAAAUUCCAAUUACUUUGUAUGUUUCAGUGGUCUCCUGACAAAUCAUCCAUCUUUGGAAGCUCAGCAGAAGAUGGUGUCUUGAACAUCUGGGAUCACAAUAAGGUUGGUGAACGUUCUGGUCCAGACUCAAAGUUUGCACCUGGCUUAUUGUUCAGACACUCUGGACAUAGGGAUAAGGUGGUUGAUUUCCACUGGAACUCGCAUGAUCCAUGGACAAUUGUCAGUGUGUCGGAUGAUGGUGAAAGCACAUGUGGCGGUGGAACUCUACAGGUAUGUAUAUAUAUCACUUAUUUAUUAUUAUUUUAGUUUUUAUUAAAAUGUUAUUUAUAUUGAUUAGUUGAAAUGUUUGUUUUUUUUUGAAUGAUGAUGUGUGUAGAUAUGGAGGAUGAUUGAUUUGA